GUUGUUUAUUAACGUUUGACAUGUAAUCAAUUUCUGCUUAACAUAACCAUACUUUUUCUCUCCGGUAUUAAAUAAGUUUUCUUAAAUGUCUUUAAUUAAAAAGCCUUUAACAUUUGAUGUUAUAUCAUCUUGUAAAACAAGCAAAGCUCGCGUGGGCAAAAUGAUUUUACCUCAUGGUCCAGUAGAUACUCCUGUUUUUAUGCCAGUUGGAACUCAAGGAACUUUGAAAGGCAUGCUUCCAGAACAACUCGAAAAGAUGGGGUUACAAAUAAUGUUGGCUAAUACAUAUCAUUUAGGAACGAAACCAGGUCCUGAGAUUUUAAGAAAAGCUGGCGGGCUUCACAAAUUCAUGAAUUGGAAUAGACCUCUACUGACUGACUCUGGCGGGUUUCAAAUGGUAUCUUUACUAAAAUUAGCAGAAAUUACUGAAGAUGGUGUGAAAUUUCAAUCACUAAAUAAAGAGAAAGGAGAAGUUAUGUUAACUCCAGAACAUUCCAUAGAGAUUCAAAAUGCUAUUGGGGCCGAUAUUAUAAUGCAGCUAGACGAUGUUAUUAAAACUACAUCACCUGACAAAAGUAGAAUAGAGGAAUCAGUAUAUAGAACAACCAGGUGGCUAGAUAGGUGCUUAAAUGCUCACCAAAAUCCAGAAAUUCAGAAUAUUUUUCCAAUUGUGCAGGGAACGUUAUAUGAAGAUUUGAGAGUUAUUAGUGCCCAGGAUCUCAUUAAAAGGGAUACGAAUGGAUUUGCCAUUGGCGGUUUAAGCGGCGGUGAAAGCAAAGAUGAUUUUUGGAAAAUUGUACAUUUGUGUACAGAUCUCUUGCCAAAAAAUAAACCAAGGUACCUCAUGGGUGUUGGUUUUGCUGUUGACUUAGUUGUUUGUUCUGCGUUAGGAGUGGAUAUGUUCGAUUGUGUUUUCCCUACCAGAACAGCGAGAUUUGGUUGUGCCCUUAUAAUGACCGGACAGCUAAAUCUAAGGAAGCAACAAUACGUCAAAGACUUCAGCCCAAUCGACAAGGAGUGCUGGUGCAGUACCUGCAAGAAUUAUACAAGAGCUUACCUUCAUAAGGUCGUUACCGAUCUACCAGUGGCAUGUACGCUCCUCACUGAACACAACGUUGCCUUCCAGAUGAGAUUAAUGGAGAAGAUACGAAGCAGCGUUUCCGAGAACCGAUUUCCGGAAUUCGUACAGAAAUUUAUUCUGGAUAUAUAUCCCAAUAAAGAUUAUCCCAGUUGGGUUAAGGAUUCCCUUAAGGCUGUGAAUAUUGAAUUAUUGUGAUAUUUGCUCGUACUAAUUUUUAGUUUGCAUUUAGUAAAAUUAGUCUCUUUUUAAAAGAACCAAUAACCAGUUAAUAUUGUGAUUUUUUAAGGUUAUCUUUUAAUUUAUUUGUUUAUUUUUCCUUUUUUUUAUUGUUAUUAUACCUAGUAUGAUGAGUUAAUUCUUUUCGUAUCAAGAUACAUUGCGCCCAUCAGAAUCAAAACCUGCUAAAUCCUAAAUUUUUCGUUUUCCCUUUUUUACACAUUUUCAAAGUUCAAGUAUACAGUGAUGAGGGCGCUAAUAACCGCCAAAAUAACGCAAAAGAUGGAAAACAUAUUAAGUUGUGAGAUAAAAAGAAAUGAAACUAGUGGAGGUGGGAGAUUUAGCGAUAAAAACCUAUAAACUUACAUUCUAUUUGUUUCACAUCUUUAGACGUAUCAGAGGAGUAUGCCAAAUAAAACUAUCACUGUCACAGUUGCCAAAUUCGUCUGAUACGUCUAAAGGUGGGAAACAAUAAGUAGAAUGUAAAUUUAUAGGUUUUUAUCGCUAAAUCUCCCACCUCCACUAGUUUCAUUUCUUUUUAUCUCACAUCUUAAUGUGUUUUCCAUCUUUUGCGCUACUUUACCGCUAUUAAACCUUCUAAAUCCGAUUUAAAAUACCAGUGGAAUGUUGACGUGCUGUGUCCAUUUCUUUUAUGAACAAUAAAAUACUUCUUUUUCUUGUAUAUUUUGUGUUUUCCUAUCAAAAUGGUUCAAGACCCACUUGUAGUGCAUUAAUUUUAUUGUUCCUAAAAGCAGUUGAAUAUGCGGAAUUUGCACAAUAUUUGGGCUUAGAAUCAAAAUCUGCUAAGUCCAAACUAGAAGCGCAAAUUUCUAAAGAUGUAAGGGGCAUGCAGAAAAAUGACUCUACCAAAUUAGUGAACCAUUUUAUGACAUUUAUUGAUACCCCUAUGAUUGAGAAAUGCCGGAUACUUUUUGGAAAAUUUACAUUUUUAAUGUUUUUUUAGUCUCCUGAAAAAUUGCAAAACAUGUAUCUAGCAGGUUUUGAUUUUAUAGGCCUCAUGUUAAUAGAUUCAUUUGAUGGUUUAUGACUGAGACUAACGUUUCACUUUUUCGAUAAGUAUAGAAUGUUUUAUUAUUAUAAUUUUAUUAAAUGACAACUACUUAAAAAACCGGAGCUAUUGAACGCGAAAACCAAGAUAAUCUUGCAGGAAUUUUUUGUCCCCUUUGUGUAUCAUAUAAAUUGCACAAGGUUUUCAUUUACCACUUUGAGAAUUCCAUCUUAAAAUCUGCGAAGAGAAUGAGCAAAAUCUUAAUGUUAAUUUGUACUGCCAGAUUCCUCUAACGAGAUAGUUACUGUCAUUUCGCUUUUUUUGUUACUUUAUGUUGCUUUACUCUCAUGAAUAUCUGAAUUUUUAAUCAAUAUAGGCGUGAGAGUCGAAAUAUAUUGCUCGUCGAUGCCGUUUAUUUCCAAAGUUAGUAGAAUGAGUUAGAGGCAUUUAGCACAGGGUUAGAGGUCAAGUACCGAGAUGAUCUCAAUGCGAGUGACGCUUCACUUUUUUUGCUUUGUUUCCAUUUUUUUUAAUAUAUUUCUCUUUCAGUUAGUAUGA